GCGGUUGGUCGGUUGAUGGGUGAAACAACAACACUGAGCGUUAUGAGGGUCCCUGAAGCACUGAUUUGGGCCACUUUCUUCAUCCAGAAGGUGGUGGGAGAGUAUGGCAUGGCCCAUUUCAGUGAUAAGGGCGAAAGCAAUGGCAAGGACUACUGCAUCUUCUUCAACUCGCAGUGGGCCCGUCUACCUCAGGACCUCAAUAAAGCAUCCCGUCUUCAGAUCCACGACCUGACGUCGUCGGUCCUGUGCUCGGCCUACGACGUCCCAGAGGGAGGCUUCCCGAACCGCAUCCCCAUGGUGAUGAGGGGCAACUGCACCUUCUACGAAAAGGUCCGCCUGGCCCAGCUCAACGGCGCUAAGGGUCUGCUCAUUGUCAGCAAGGACCGGCUGACGCCCCCGGCGGGAAACAAGACCCAGUAUGAAGAGAUAGACAUUCCCGUGGCUCUGCUGAGCUACUCUGACAUGUUGGACAUUAGCAAGACCUUCGGCAAAGGGAGGCUAGUCGCCAUGUAUGCACCCAACGAGCCGGUGUUGGACUACAACAUGGUGAUAAUCUUCCUGAUGGCUGUGGGAACAGUGGCCGUCGGAGGCUACUGGGCCGGCAGCAGAGAUCGCAAGAAGCGUUACAUGAAGCAUAAACGGGACGACGGAGCGGAGAAGCAGGACGAGGAGACGGUGGACGUCACCCCCAUCAUGAUCUGCGUGUUCGUGGUCAUGUGCUGCAACAUGCUGGUGCUCCUCUACUUUUUCUACGACCAUCUGGCCAUUUGGGUCAUUGGCAUCUUCUGCGUGGCCUCGUCCGUCGGCCUCUACAGCUGCCUGUGGCCCUUCGUCCGCAGGAUUCCUUUCUGCAGGUGCAGGGUGCCAGAGAACAACCUGCCGUACCUGCACAAGCGCCCGCAGAUCCGCACGCUGCUGCUGGCGGCCCUCUGCCUCAGCGUCAGCAUCGUCUGGAUGGUGUUUCGCAACGAAGACCAGUGGGCCUGGGUGCUGCAGGACGCUCUGGGGAUCGCCUUCUGUCUCUACAUGCUCAAAACAGUCAGGCUGCCCACAUUCAAGGCCUGCACGUUGCUGCUGUCGGUUCUGUUUGUGUACGACGUCUUCUUCGUUUUCAUCACCCCCUUCUUCACGAAGAGCGGGGAGAGUAUAAUGGUGGAGGUCGCUGCCGGCCCCUCGGACUCCGCCACGCAUGAAAAGCUGCCCAUGGUGCUCAAAGUGCCGAGGUUAAACUCCUCUCCCCUGGCUCUUUGUGACCGGCCCUUCUCCCUCCUGGGCUUUGGGGACAUCCUAGUACCAGGUCUGCUGGUGGCGUACUGCCACAGAUUUGACAUUUUAACCCAGUCCUCCAGGAUUUACUUUGUGGCUUGCACGAUCGCGUACGGCAUCGGCCUGCUCAUCACCUUCGUGGCCCUGGCCGUGAUGCAGAUGGGCCAGCCGGCCCUGCUCUACCUGGUGCCUUGCACUCUGCUCACCAGCCUGGCGGUGGCGCUGUGGCGCAGGGAGCUGCGCCAGUUCUGGACUGGAAGUGGAUUUGUGCCUGCCAUAGUCCUCACGCCGAUCAACCCCACACAGACCGCGGAGCCGCAGACGGAGGAGCCCCCGCCCGAACCGGAGCCGCAAACCCCCGAAGCCAGCGCUCAGAGCGAAGACACGCCCGAAGCACCGCCGCCGGAGGAAAGCGAAGAAAAAACCAAGAACUAGUACAUCUUUAGUUUUAUUCCAUGUUAAGCUGUUGUUGUUGUUUUUUUUUCUGAGGUGUGUCUCGGUCAGUGAACAUUUGAGGUCAUUUAUGGUUUGCUGUUAAUACAAAAGGGAAGAACUGCUCAGACAAUUGUAUUUUAAUCAUGUUUUUUUUUUCCCCCCACACAGCAACUGUGUUCGGGCUGUGAAAAAAAAAAAAAAAA